CUACCUGAAGGAUAGAAACUACAAACACCUUUACGCAAUCACUUGUCUCAGGUGGCGCACGCGCUUUUCUGAGUCCUUACCUUUGUGUGCGCGCGCUCUCGUUCGUUGAGUUUCUCUCCAAACAGGUUUGACUAGGACACACCUGUAGAAGAGAAGAAAAGGAAGCUUUGUGUGCCUCUGCUCCAUUCUUUACUCCAUUUUUGACCUCUGUGGACGGCGGACGGAUAGGAAGUGAGCUGAGGAGAAACUUUUAAAGGGUUUAAUUUUGUUAACUUUUCAUCAUGAAGAUUUUGAUUGCUGUCGUGCUCUCCGUGCUCGCGGUGGGAGCUUCAGCCUGUACUUGUAAUUCUAUGAAGUGGGCCACCUGUGAUGGAACUCCAUGUGCUUGUUCUGUCCUGAUCGGUGAAAAUAAUCCACAAAAGCUGGACUGCACCAAAUUGAUCCCCAAGUGCUUCCUGAUGAAAGCUGAGAUGUACAGAGCCAAGAAGGGCCUUAGCACCCGUACGGGAAUCGGAGGAAAGCCGGUUGAGACGGCCUUUGUGGACAACGAUGGUAUUUACGAUCCGGAGUGCGAGAACGACGGCAAAUUCAAGGCCAAGCAGUGCAACAACACCGAGGAAUGUUGGUGCGUCAACAGCGCCGGUGUCCGCCGUACUGACAAGGGAGACAAGAACCUCAAGUGUGAGAAGCUGGUGGAGACUAUGUGGGUCCGUAUUCAGCUGAAACACAAAGAAGUGAAAGAUAAAAUGGAUGAAGCUGGGUUGAAGACUGCCAUUGCAGAUGCCAUCAACGCUCGUUACGGCUUCAAAAAGGACCUGGUGAAGGAGGUGCAGUAUGACCCCAAGGCCCGCUUGAUUGUGGUGGAUGUGAAGAAGGAAAAAGGGGACCGUGUGAACGACCUGACCCAAAUGGCCUACUACAUGGAGAAAGAUGUGAAAGUGUUGCCCCUGUUCAUGGACCAGAAAAAGUUCGAGCCCAAGGUGGGCGCCCAGACCCUGGAGAUGGAGAACAUCCUGGUGUACUACGUGGACGAGGAAGCCCCGACUUUUACCAUGAAGAAUCUGUCGGGUGGCAUCAUCGCCGUCAUCGUGGUGGUGGUGCUGGCCGUGGUUGCCGGCCUGCUGGUCCUGUUCUUUGCCAGAAGGAGACAGCAGCAGAAGUACAACAAAGCUCAGCAAAGAGAGAUGGAGCCCAUGUAAAGCUUUCGCCGCAGCGGGAGUGUCUGAAGAGUCGGCCUGUAUAUGCUUUUGGAUACUUGCAGUGGAAGUGUGCCAUUUUUCGCCAUUUUUACUUGAGGAAUACAGAUUGUAAAGGAACAAUCAUCUUUUUGUUGUUGUUGUUGUUGUUGUUGUUGUUGUCAUUGGCACUACUGGUACCACCCAUUUUAUUUAUAAAUUGUGUAAAGUCUCAAGCAUCAUCCAAUCUGUUAUGCCAUAAAGAACUGUGCUUUUUAAAGUAUGCCUGGCACAUGCCGCAUUUUUAAUGUUAGAACUUGUUAAAUGGUUUAAAUUCUCCAUUCUAGACUGUACAGUUUCUUACUUGUGUGUUUUUUGUUUUGAUUGUUUUUAAUAAAAAAAAAAGAUGUUUUAAAAUA